UGAAUUGUAAUAAGGCCGCGACGUACCAAAUCACCAAAAUGUGAACCCCAACAUCGACGGAAGAAAGAAACUGCGACCUCGAUGGCGCUGCUGCAUCAACCAAACUGCGCAGUUAAAACCUCACUUCUAACACAGCCUCUACUGUCUCUCUCCGAUUCGCAAUCCCAACUCUUGAAGCAAAUCACUUUCUUCGCUUCGCGGCUCUGAAUUCACCGACCUCUUCUAUGCAAAUCAGCGCAUGGUUUCUCUAGAUCGAUCAUGGCGAAUUUCUUGGCUCAGUUCCAGAGUAUAAAGAAUUCUUGUGAUCACCUUGUAAUUGCUGUUGAAGAUGUGAGCGACUUGUGGCCGAUUGUCAAAAAUGGAUUUGAAGAGCGUUUGCCAUUCAAAAGAGCUUGUUUAAAUAACAAGACACGAAAUCCUGUGUUUCUGGAGAAACUGCCCGCGGAGUUUAUAUUGACAACGGAUGCAAGACUUCGUAGUAGGUUUCCUCAGGAGCAAUCAUUAUUUUGGUUCCGAGAACCAUAUGCAACUGUUGUUCUUGUUACUUGUGAGGACCUUGAUGAGUUCAAGACCAUCCUUAAACCACGGUUGAAAUUAAUUGUUCAAAAUGAUGAACGAGAGUGGUUUAUUGUGUUCGUGUCUAAGGCUCCACCCCACAAUGAUCAGGCCACUAAGCUUGCAAAGAAAGUAUAUGCCAAACUUGAAGUAGACUUCAGCUCAAAGAAGAGGGAAAGGUGCUGCAAACUUGAUAUAUGUGGACCUGAAGCAAAUUUCUGGGAAGACUUGGAGUCCAAAAUCAUGGAAUGCAUCAGGAACACGCUUGAUAGGCGCAUUCAGUUUUAUGAGGAUGAGAUUCGCAAGCUCAGUGAACAACGUCUCAUGCCAGUGUGGAACUUUUGCAAUUUUUUCAUUCUGAAGGAAAGCUUGGCUUUUAUGUUUGAGAUGGCUCAUCUCCACGAAGAUUCAUUACGUGAAUAUGAUGAACUAGAGCUCUGCUAUUUGGAAACAGUUAUGUCAGGGAAGCAUCGGGACUUUGGAGGAAUGGACCGUGGAGAUGAUCAAGCUGCAGUGCUAAACCCUGGGAACAAACCAUUAACACAGAUUACUCAAGAUGAUUCAUUUAGAGAAUUUGAAUUCAGACAGUAUCUUUUUGCCUGCCAAGCAAAGCUAUUAUUCAAGUUGAAUCGUCCCUUUGAGGUUGCAUCAAGGGGCUAUUCAUUUAUUAUCGGCUUUUCAAAGGCAUUGGCACUGCAUGAGAGUAUGUUACCCUUCUGUAUGCGUGAAGUUUGGGUGAUAACUGCUUGCUUGGCUUUAAUCAAUACAACUGCUUCUCAUUAUAGUGAUGGACAAGUGGCACCUGAUAUAGAAAAAGAGUUUUAUCGCCUUCAAGGUGAUCUUUAUUCACUAUGCCGGAUUAAGUUCAUGAGGCUUGCCUAUUUAAUUGGUUAUGGAUCAGAUAUAGAAAGAAGUCCUGUCAACAGUGCUUCACUCAGCAUGCUACCUUGGCCUAAGCCCGCAGUUUGGCCUUUAGUUCCACCUGAUGCUUCAUCUGAGGUGUUUGAGAAGGAAAAGAUGAUUCUUCAAACAACACCAAGGGUUAAGCACUUUGGUAUUCAGAGGAAGCCAUUACCUCUUGAACCAUCUUUACUUCUGCGUGAAGCUAAUCGCCGAAGGGCUUCUCUUUCUGCUGGGAAUGUGUUUGAAUUAUUUGAUGGUCGCUCAGGUUUUAUUGAUGGCUUAGGUUCAGAUGCAUCUCCGAGGAAGCCCCCUUCAGCUAAAGUAAAUACUGUUUCCAUGUCAAGAACUAAUUCUUCACCUGGAAACUUUGAAAGCUCCAUCGAUCGACCUAUGAGACUUGCAGAGAUAUGUGUUGCUGCUGAGCAUGCUCUGCAGAAUACAAUUUCUGAUGCUAAUCUUUGGAAGUCACUGUCAUCUGUAGAGGAGUUUGAGCAAAAAUAUCUGGAGUUAUCGAAGGGUGCUGCUGACAAUUAUCAUCGUUCAUGGUGGAAAAGGCAUGGAGUUGUCCUUGACGGUGAAAUUGCAGCUGUCUGCUAUAAGCAUGGGAAUUUCGAUCUUGCUGCAAAGUCAUAUGAGAAGGUUUGCGCUCUCUAUGCUGGUGAAGGAUGGCAAGAUUUGUUGGCUGAAGUCCUUCCCAAUUUAGCGGAGUGUCAGAAAAUACUGAACGAUCAAGCUGGCUAUUUAUCAUCUUGUGUGAGAUUGCUCUCACUAGAUAAAGGUUUAUUCUCAACGAAGGAACGCCAAGCUUUUCAGUCAGAAGUUGUUGAUCUUGCACAUAGUGAAAUGAAGCACCCCGUGCCCUUAGAUGUGUCGUCGUUGAUAACAUUCUCGGGCAAUCAUGGGCCGCCAUUGGAGCUAUGUGAUGGGGAUCCUGGCACUCUAUCUGUAACUGUUUGGAGUGGCUUUCCUGAUGACAUAACUCUUGAAUCACUUAGUCUCACCCUGAUAGCUACAUAUAAUGCUGAUGAAGGUGUUAAGGCUAUAAGGAGCUCUGCGGCUACCAUACUAAAGCCUGGCAGAACCAUCGUUUUUAGAUUGCCACCUUUCCUGUAUAUAGUCUCCCUUUUAACAUGACAUGGAUUGGUUUGUGACAACGGACCACUUUGUUGAUUCAUUUAUUCAUCUCACAAUGCAUUUCCAUUGUUGGUGUUCAAACCAAGGUCUCUGGUCGAUCUUGCUGCAUCUGUUUCAUCUGCUUUGCUUAUUAAUGAACCUCAAUGGGUUGGAAUAAUUGUUAAGCCAAUUAACUACUCCCUUGAGGGUGCCGUCUUGCAUAUUGACACUGGUCCUGGUUUGAGGAUUGAGGAGUCUUAUGCCAUUGAAAUGGAGAGGUAUGCUGACCUGUCACAAAAUCCAGCCAACUCAGGGUCAUCAGAUGAUGCUAGCGAUGAUGGUUCUGCAGUUACUGAAGAGUUUAAGCAGUUAACUCUUCAGGAUGGAAAAAUUGAGUUGCCAAAGUGGGCAAGCGAUAUAAAUUCUGUCCUGUGGAUUCCAGUGCGUGCUGUUAGUGAGAGUCUAGCUAGAGGAACUAAUGCAGCGGUUCCCCCACGACAGAGUGUUGUGGAUGGAUUGAGGACCAUAGCUCUGAAACUUGAGUUUGGAGUAUCACAUAAUCAAACCUUUGAAAGGACCCUAGCCGUGCAUUUCACUGACCCUUUCCAUGUGAGUACACGUGUUGCAGACAAAUGCAAUGAUGGUACUUUACUUCUGCAGGUGAUACUACACUCUCAAGUGAAGGCCUCAUUGACCAUCUAUGAUGCUUGGUUGGAUCUUCAAGAUGGAUUCGCUCACACUGGACUGGGUGCUGGGAGACCGGCUUCUGGUUUCUUUCCACUUGUUGUCCCAACAUCUAGAGCAGGAAUGCUGUUCAGUAUAUGCUUGGCAACUAAAGCCAAGGAGUUGCAUCCAGAUAGUAUUUUAAAUAUCAAAUAUGGAAUUGCUGGAGAUAGAACCCUUGGAGCACAUACCCCUGUGGCCAUGGAACUCAACGGGAUUGAGGAUGCCACACAGUAUCUGAUCUUCAAAAGUGCCCUUGUUUUACAGCGGCCUGUGCUGGACCCUUGUCUGGCAGUUGGUUUUCUUCCUCUUUCUUCAAGUGGCCUCAGAGUUGGGAAACUUGUUACCAUGCAAUGGAGAGUCGAAAGGUUAAAGGACUUUGAGGAGAAUGUGGUUUCUGACAAAAAUGAUGAAAUAUUAUACGAAGUUGAUGCCAGUUCAGAUAACUGGAUGAUUGCUGGGAGGAAAAGAGGGCAUGUUCCACUCUCCACAAACCAAGGUUCAAGGAUAGUUAUCUCGAUAUUAUGUGUGCCACUGGUAGCGGGAUAUGUUCGUCCCCCUCAACUAGGCCUUCCAAAUGUUGAAGAGGCAAAUAUUAGUUGCAAUCCUCCUGGACCUCAUUUGGUCUGUGUGAUGCCUCCAGCUCUCAGCUCCUCUUACUGCAUACCCGCAUCAUAAACUUAGUUCAGUCAUCUCUUGCUUUACAGGAUUUGGUCUUCCAUUCAAUGAGAAAUUAUAAAUCGGAGAUAAAGUUGAGUUGCCCAGUUUUGAAAUUUGUAAAUCUGUGUUGGUUUUUAAAUUUUUGGAAUUAUUUAAUUUGGUUUGGCGGUUCCUUUCGAGUGUUCAAGCUUUGGCUGCUAUUAGGCCUUGCCUCUUAUGUACAGUGAGUGUACUUUGAACUUGUACAAUUGUGUAGAGGUUAAAAACUAUGUUCAAUUUUCGUCUCUUUCCACGACACUUGUAGACACUGUUUUGAAUACAAUAAAAUCAGAAAAAGAAAAAAAAGAUUACUCUAA